GCCACAGUAGCGACAGUGCGCUGUAUUAGUACUGAAAGGUCCAGGUUGGACAGAGCAGACGUUCUGCAGCAGCAUCCUCAUCGUCACCGCUUCCCGCGUCACGUGACCCGCUGACGUCUGCGCCUGCGAAACCACGUACAUCAGCGAAAUGGAGGACUGUGAAUCUAAGGAGCCCGAGCAGCUCAGGAAACUCUUCAUCGGAGGGCUGAGCUUCGAAACCACGGAGGAGAGUUUACGGGCCCAUUUUGAGCAAUGGGGAAGCCUCACGGACUGUGUGGUGAUGAGGGACCCCAGCAGCAAGCGGUCGAGGGGGUUCGGCUUUGUAACGUAUGCCUCCACGGUGGAAGUCGACGAGGCCAUGAAAGCGAGGCCGCACAAAGUAGACGGCCGCGUCGUUGAGCCCAAGAGGGCUGUGUCCAGAGAGGACUCCAACAAACCCGGCGCCCACAUGACGGUGAAAAAGAUCUUUGUCGGUGGAAUCAAGGAGGACACCGAGGAGUACCACAUCCGGGAGCAUUUUGAGAAAUACGGGAAGAUCGAAUGCAUCGACAUCAUGGAGGAACGCUCCACCGGGAAGAAGAGGGGGUUCUGCUUCGUCUCCUUCGAUGACCACGACACUGUUGAUAAAAUAGUUGCUCAGAAGUUCCACUCAAUCAACUCCCACAAUUGUGAGGUCAGGAAAGCUCUGUCAAAACAGGAAAUGUGCGCCAUGUCAAACGACAGAGACAGGAGUGGAGGAUCCGGAAACUACAUGGGCAGAGGGAGUAAUUUUGGAGGUGGUGGCAACUUCAGUGGUGGCAGAGGUGGCUAUGGGGGAAGCAGAGGGGGUUACGGUGAUGAUUAUGACAAUGGUUCAGGAGGAAAUUAUGGAGGAGGUCAAGGUUAUGGAGGAGGCCGAGGGGGCUACGGAGGUGGUGGCCCAGGGUACGGCAACCACGGAGGAGGAUAUGGUGGCGAUGGAGGCUAUGGAGGCAAUGGUGGAGGUUAUGGAGGAGGUGGAAAUUACAACGAUUUUGGAAAUUAUGGUGGACAGCAGUCCAGCUAUGGGCCCAUGAAGGGAAACAACUUUGGUGGCAGAAACUCGGGUGCACCAUAUGGAGGUGGCUACAACUCUGGUGGCGGCGGCGGCGGUGGUGGCGGCGGCUACGGCUCGCGGCGGUAUUAAAUAUUUCAUGUUUCGAUUUGGAAAGAGUCUCUUCUUGCGGAAAAUCUGUAAAGACCUGAUAACAUGGAAGGUUCUGGAUGGGUAAGACCUUUUCAAAAUAUUAUCCCAAGGCUGCUCAUAUUGUUAUAUUAACAGUGCAUAUGUUACGAGGCCUUCUAAGGUAAACUGAGCAGGAUGACGCCCAGUAUACUUCCAUCAUAACCAGAAUCGGCCUGAGACCUUGACCAUACUGCUUGGUUUACCGGUAGUAGUGUUAUUAUCAUUUUAUUCUCAGCCAAUUCUGAUCAAGUUGAUAGUGAUGAAACACUCCAAUUAACAAUCCAAGAGCGAAAAGCUCUGAAUUUAUUAAAGAAAAGAUUAUAGAAAAGCAUCAGAUGUUAAUAUUAGACCAUGUGGAACUAAUAAAUGGCUUUUAUUCUUGGAAAAAAACGUGAAGGGUCAACAAAACAGUGGUUGUCAAAACAAUUUCUUUUAACUAGCAAACAUCUUAAUUUAUUCAUUUAGACUAAUAGCAAGUUAUCAGUUAAGUGAUAAAACUGUCUUUUAUAAAUCAAGUCAUAUAAGACACAAGGUCCUUGUUAUCGCCUCUGAUCACUGAGUUGCAAAAAGAAAAACAUAGUGCUAAAGAGCAGCUCGAUCAAUGAUAAGACCGCUCAUAGCAGUAUAAUGAACUAGUGUUUCAUACAUGUAAGAGUUGGAGCACUUAAAUGAGCUGGUUGUUAAGGCAACAGCCCAGUCAGAAAGAGAAGUCAGAUCAGCGAAAAGCUGAACCGAAAACAUGUCGUGUGUGAAGACGAACUAAGAGCAACUACAAUUACAAGUUCAAUCGCUAGUGAGAAACAGGAACAUGGCAGGGAAUAAUAACUGGUUAUAAAGUAAUCAGCAUUCUGUACAGGAAGUGUUAGCUAUAAACUUUACUAUGGCACAUUUGAUUGAAUUAAAAAUAAGUUCAAAUCUAAAGGGAAGUUUACUCUUAAACAUGCGACCUACUGAUCAGCUAAUUCUGAGGUAUUUAUGGAUAAAGCAAUAAUUUCUUAUGUCUAAGUUAUUUAGAUUUUGUAUAAUUUUUUCCUUUUAAAAAGAAUUAUAGGAAGAAUAAGCCUCAAAAAGCAUCUUCAACCUUCAAUAAACUGAGAAUGAGUGAGAUAUGUUUUGCGUCUGUUGUAGAAGUAGAAUCCACAAAUAUGCUGCUUUUAAAGUUUCUUUUUUUUUAGCAUUUUAUAUUUGAAAGGAUUCACACAGAGCCAGGUCACGUUAGUCUCACAGGGGAAAAGACAAAGACAUGUUUGGCAAACAGUUACAGGAUAAGGUUUCUACUGAGGAAUGUAGAAUGACGACUUAAUUACACAUAAAAGUGUAAUGAACGUGAGCUUGUCGAAAACUCACCAGUGUCAGUGACCAGCUGUUGGUUUAAAUGAUGUGAAUGGAAAUGUAUUGUGUGUUUUAUGUUCUUAAAUAAAAACUUCUUUCUUGA